CAAUUACUCUUAAGUGACAUUAGUUCUAAUUGAAUUUAUUAUAUAUGCACUUAUAUAAACAUGUAACUUCGGGUUUAUAUAUGCAUACGUAUUUUAAUAGAAUAAUGGCAAUUUCAAUCAAUGAAAUUUGUGAAAACACUAAACUGGCUCGUGAAAUGGCAUUAACUGGUAACUAUGAUACAUCGGGAGUUUAUUACCAAGGUGUUGUACAGCAAAUCCACCGCUUACUUGCAAGCAUUGCAGAUGCCACACGUAAGGCUAAGUGGCAACUUGUACAACAUCAAAUUGUUCAAGAAUUUGAAAAAGUAAAGGCAACAUCCAAUACCUUACAACUCUUUAAAGUAGAAGCACACGGAGAAAGAUUGUUUGGUACUUCAUGUUUAUCAUUUGAAGAACCUACAAGAGAUCCAACUUUAUGGACUUAUAAUAAUUCAGAUACAUCUUGGAAUCAAACUCCAGCAAGAGAUCCAGAUGUGUGGCCACCUUUGACACCAGCAGAACAAAAAAACAUUAGGCCACAGAAAAACCAACCAAAACAACAAAAUCGAACUAGCUUACGAAAAUCAGUUGCUGCAGGAAAGAAACCAGACGCAAAAACAAUUAUUAAAAAAGAUGACAGAAAGGUGUCACGAAAAGAUGAUGUAAAUAAAGAAAAAUCAGAAACUGAAAAAGUUGAUGUGGAAGUAGAAGAACGCAAAUUUGAGCCAUCUGGCAACGAUAGAGAUUUAGUUGAUUUACUAGAAAGAGACAUUGUUCAAAAAAAUCCAAAUAUUCACUGGGAUGAUAUAGCUGAUCUGCAUGAAGCAAAGCGAUUAUUAGAAGAAGCUGUUGUUCUUCCAAUGUGGAUGCCAGAUUUCUUUAAAGGAAUUCGUCGUCCUUGGAAAGGAGUACUUAUGGUUGGACCACCCGGUACUGGAAAAACAAUGCUUGCAAAAGCAGUAGCCACUGAGUGUGGAACAACAUUUUUCAAUGUAUCAUCUUCUACGUUAACAUCAAAAUAUAGAGGAGAGUCAGAAAAACUUGUUCGUCUUCUUUUCGAAAUGGCUAGAUUUUAUGCACCUAGCACAAUAUUCAUAGACGAAAUUGACUCUCUAUGCUCUAGAAGGGGAUCAGAAUCUGAACAUGAAGCAUCACGACGAGUAAAAUCGGAACUUCUAGUUCAAAUGGAUGGUAUAAGCUCAAACAGCGAAGACCCAAGUAAAGUGGUAAUGGUAUUAGCAGCAACAAAUUUUCCAUGGGACAUUGACGAAGCUCUUCGUAGACGUUUAGAAAAACGUAUCUAUAUUCCAUUACCAAAUCAUGAAGGUAGAGAAGCUUUAUUGAAAAUUAAUCUACGUGAAGUAAAGGUUGAUUCUUCUGUAAAUUUAGCAGAUAUUGCAAAAAAAUUAGAAGGUUAUUCUGGCGCAGAUAUUACAAAUGUUUGCAGAGACGCAUCCAUGAUGUCCAUGCGUAGGAAAAUUGCAGGAUUAAAGCCAGAUCAAAUCAGACAAUUACCAAAAGAAGAAUUAGAUUUACCUGUGUCUGCCACAGAUUUUGAUGAAGCCGUCGAAAGAUGUAAUAAGAGUGUUUCUCAAGAAGAUUUAGAAAAAUACGAAAAAUGGAUGAGUGAAUUUGGAUCAUCCUGAUAACUUUCUAUUUAGAAAAGUACAAUUACAUAACAUUUUUUUAUUCAAACUAAAAUUGUUUAAAUUUUCUAUUUAUCAGUACGCAAGGGAGACACCGAAGUGUUUAAUUCCAAUUUCAAGGAAAUUGUACAGGUUUGUAGAUAUACAUGCGUGGAAAAUAUUGGUAAAAUAUUAGCUACAGAUGGUCAUACACUUUUGAGAAAUGAGAGAUUAAAGUUUGUGAAAAAUUGCCUACACGUUGGGUACUAAUAACCGCGAUCUUUUAAUAGCAAUACUGUUGGAGGGAUAGAGUAUUGGGCUGCUAAUUUUUUUAGUUAGGUUUAUGUCCCGCUGCACCUAUUAUUUUUUUUCACUUCAAUAAAAAUAUACUUCAUGUUUAGGUAAUUUUCGCAAAUUUUAACCCCACACGUACGCGCAGAUACAUACAUGAAGUGCACAAUCCAAAUAAGUAGCCUCUGCUUCGUGAUUGUGCCUGUGCGUACGUCUGGCCCACCGCUCAGCUGAUGGUUAACUGCUAAAUCGAGUUCGUUUAACUGCUAAUAUCUUGGGAAUAGAGCUUCAGAUUAUAAAAUGGUAAAGAAUUUGUCGAUUUGUAUUUGCAUGAGGAAUAUACAUGUUCCGAAUUGUCUUAUCCUUUUGGGACACCCUAUGUACCUAUGAACCACGCAAUUUCAUCGAAAUUGAAGUGGGACACUUCAGAGUUUCCCCUUGUUAGUUUAGACAUUAAUGUAUAUACUAAGCGUUGAAGUCGAGCAGUCUCUAAAUAUAGGAAGUAAAAAUUCAGGUUUCUGCCUCUGACGACCCAAUGAGCAGUCUGAGUAUACAUACAAUGUUCUAACAUUCGGUGAACGGACAAUUAUUUUCACGCUUGUGUGAACAUAACAUAGAUGAGUAAUAUUAUUUAACAUAAUGUGCAAAUAAAAAGGGAGUAGUCUCC